UCUUUAUUACAUUGGGCUUACGGUAUACAAUGAAAAAUAUGUAUAAAUUUUAUGACUUUUUAUUAUUUAGCUAAAAUGUGAACCAAUGAAAAUGUGACGAAUUUGCUUUGAAUUUUAGAUGUCAAAAGUCGAAAUGUGUCGAGGAGUGCUACUGGAGAUUUGGUUUUAAAUUUAUUACUUCGGAAGUGUCUAAGUUCCUACAAAUUGAGGCAAUUAUGUUCUACAAUACUGCAAUUAUUAGUCUAAUUUAUUUAACCUCUGCCCUGGUUCUUACAUUAGCGGGUCGCGACUUUUAUCAAAUACUAGGUGUUUCACGAUCAGCAAGCACAAAUGAAAUCAAAAAAGCCUACAGAAAAUUAGCAAAGGCUCUACAUCCAGACAAAAACCAAGAUGAUCCAGACGCAUCACAGAAAUUUCAAGAUCUUGGAGCUGCUUACGAGGCCCUCUCUGAUCCUGAGAAACGAGAAUUGUACGAUCGUUGUGGUGAAGACUGCCUAAAAAAAGAUGGCAUGAUGAACAACAAUGAUCCAUUUGCAAGUUUCUUUGGUGACUUUGGGUUUCAUUUUGGUGGUGAACCACAACAGCAUGAGACACCAAGAGGUGCAGAUGUUGUUAUGGAACUAACAGUUUCAUUGGAAGAACUUUAUAAUGGUAACUUUAUAGAAAUAACUCGUAAUAAGCCAGUUAUUAAGCCUACUUCAGGGACUAGAAAAUGUAAUUGCAGGCAAGAAAUGGUGACAAGAAAUCUUGGACCAGGAAGAUUCCAAAUGAUGCAACAGACUGUUUGUGAUGAAUGUCCAAAUGUGAAGUUUGUCAAUGAAGAAAGGGUACUAGAGAUAGAGGUAGAAGUUGGUGCACCAGAUGGUCACAAGUCAAGAUUAAGAGGAGAAGGUGAACCCCAUGUAGAUGGAGAGCCAGGGGAUCUAGUCCUAGUCUUUACAACAGAAAGACAUCCACAGUUUACAAGGAGAGGUGAUGACUUAUACACUAAUGUCACCAUAUCAUUGCAGGAUGCACUAACAGGUUUUACACUUGAUUUAGUGCACUUAGAUGGGCACAAAGUAACAGUUUCUCGUGAUAAAGUGACAUGGGCAGGUGCCCGUGUCCGUAAGAAGGGUGAAGGCAUGCCCAAUUUUGAAAAUAAUAACCUUCAUGGUAAUCUGUAUGUUACUUUUGAUAUUGAAUUCCCUAAACAAGACUUUUCUGAUGAAGACAAAGAAGCUUUGCGGAAAAUACUUAAGCAGUCACCAAACAAUAAAAUAUACAAUGGACUAUAGUGACCAUAUUGCCAAGUAAUUUAUUUUUAAGUAGUGAAUUUGAGUGAAAUGGCGUGAACAAACUGUUAUCGUGUGAUGCCAGGUUUUUCAAGUAUAUGUGGAAGAUUGUGAAUGGUUUAUAAAAAUUAAAUGAAAUCAUACUCAUGA